AAAUCCACACCUUAAUGCCACAAUCCCCAAAAAGCUAGGCACUCGCGAUAACAGUCUUAAUAUAAGUCAUUCGCAGCACACUGUGCAGUUCCAACCAUUUGUGCUUGCAAACCCUCAACCUCAAGCGUGUUUUAAUGAAGACUCCUUUGAAUCUCUGUUCUUCAUACUUCCCUCUACAGACCCGAUCCAUGAUUUCCUUAUCAACUAAUUCGCAAAUAAUCUCUUCGCCAUUUCCUUCAUAUUCGAGCCUAUAUUUUGGAUUCAACUCUUUAUUCUCGUUUGUUUUUUGGAGUUGUUCCUCGUCUUCAUCGGUUAUGUUUGCACUGCUGAUAUGAUCUGAUGCUUGAUUCUUCUGUUGCUUUCUCAAUCUAGCUGAAGCUCGAGAUUGAUCAGGAUUAGGAUCAUACUCAGAGUUGUAUUCUUGACUCCAAAAACACCGGUCCAAGCUAAUUAGCCUCCAACUUUUCUGUGUUCUUCGUCACUGAUGCGCUCAAUGGAAAUGGUGUCACUAUUCCUUUGUUAGGGUUCUUUUUUGCCCAACUUUUCCUCUCGGACAAGUCUGUUUUUUUUUUUUUUGGUCUCUUGCUCUGCAAUCAUGGAAGACUCCACCAGUAGGAGUAAGAAGAAGAGAAAAAUCAGCACAGGACAAGAACCCAAACGACCCAAACGUUUCUCUGAUUUUGACAAGAUAUCCAAAGCCUUGCUUACGGCAGGGUAUUCCAGCGCAAGGAGGAUCACCAUCUCAACUCGCAGCAGUGAUGGAAUGAUGAAGAUUCAAUACCUGGGUUUCCAAAAGCAUGCUGCUUUAGCCAUAUCUGUUGUGUUAAACCGGCUCCCUUCAGUUAAUCUUUCAGCAACUGUUGAUAUUUUAAGUAUUGCAAUUGGCAUGAAAGCAACGUACACGACUUCAGGCCAGUUUGCUGCAUAUGAUGCCGGCAUCAGUGUGACAAAGCCCAACUGCGAUGCAUCAAUUAUUCUGGCCGACAAGGGUGACAUAAUACGAGCAUUGUAUGUGCAUUAUUUCGACCAAGUGAGAAAGAUUGCUGCUGUGGCAGAGAUCUCGCGGAGGUUUUCAAAGAAGGAAAACAAUCUUACAGUUGGGAGGUUCAUGGAUUAUGGAUGACCGUACAGCUAUAAAGGCGAAGCUUGACAAUCAUGGG